ACUGAACAUGCGCAGUUCGCUUUUCUCUUUGGCAGCCACAACAACAUACUGAAGCGAAGCAGCCAGUCUCGCCCCUCCGCUCUCAGCAGCAGCAGCAGCAACAGCAUCAUCGUCCCCGCCGGGUCCGGGUGGCAGAGAGGAUGGUUCAGCGGAAAAGGAGUCGGGGAUGCGAAUGACAGUGAUGUGAUAAUGGCCCUCGAUAUACGAAGGUUCUUGAACGUGCGACUGGCCUGACCAAGUGAAACGACCGUGGCAGGAAAACAGUGAACCAUGUUGCUCUAAGGUGUGACCUGCGGUGAACGGGGGAGGAGGCGAAGGAGGAGGGGGGAAGGAGGCAUAGGUGGGCAGGAAGAAAGGACAGCAGACGGGCAUCUGCCACAUCUCCCUGUAGGUGGCCCUUUAAAAGCUCAAAGCCAUGGGCAACACAGCCACCAAGUUCCGAAAGGCGCUGGUAGGAGGCGACGAGGCCCUGGCCUGGCAGCUGUAUGAAGGUAACCCUCAGUUCAGGGAAGGCCUGGACCCAAAUGCAUCGUAUGGAGAGCAGUACCAGCACAAUACGCCUCUGCACUAUGUCUGCCGCCACGCUAUGACUCGUCUGCUCAGGUCCUUUCUAUUCAGUAAAGAGGGGAACCCCAACAAACGCAAUGUCCACAACGAGACCUGCCUCCAUGUGUUGUGCCAAGGCCCGCAGAUCCUGCUGCUGUCAGAGGGAGCGCUGUCACCUCGACUGGCCCGACCCCAGAGGGAUGAGCAGCGUCGCGCAGACUGCCUGCAGAUGAUCCUGAGCUGGACUGGAGCCAGGCUGGAGGGAGGCCAGUAUGAGAAGGCUAAUGUCAACGCCACCGACAAUCACCACAGCACCUGUCUACACUACGCCGCCGCCGCAGGCAUGAAGAGCUGUGUGGAGCUGCUAAUUCAGAGCGAGGCGGACCUAUUUGUUGAGGAUGAGGACAAGUUGACGCCGUGCGACCAUGCCGAGCGGCAUCACCACACCGAGCUGGCCCUCAGCCUGGAGUCACAGAUGGUUUUCUCCUCCUCUUCAGCUCAGCAGUCAAACACAGAUGCACAUGCUGAAACAAACCUGCUGCAGUACAAAGAGCCUUAUGAAGGACUGAAGCUUCAGGACCUGCGCAGGCUAAAGGAUAUGCUGAUCGUUGAGACGGCAGACAUGCUGCAAGCCCCCCUCUUCACCGCUGAGGCUCUGCUCCGAGCACAUGACUGGGACAGAGAGAAGCUUCUGGAAGCCUGGAUGUCUGAUGCUGAGGGCUGCUGCCAGCGCUCAGGUGUGGCCAUGCCUACCCCGCCGCCUAGUGGAUACAACGCCUGGGACACCCUGCCCUCACCUCGCACGCCGAGGACCCCUCGCUCACCCCUAACACUCACCCUCACCUCCCCGACCGACAGCUGCCUCACACCUGGAGAGGAGGGCCUUUCCACGUGUGGAAUCUGUCUCUGCUCCAUCUCAGUGUUUGAAGAUCCAGUGGACAUGUCAUGUGGACACGAGUUCUGCAGAGCAUGCUGGGAAGGGUUCCUCAAUGUUAAGAUUCAGGAGGGAGACGCGCACAACAUCUUCUGUCCAGCAUAUGAGUGCUAUCAGCUGGUCCCUGUGCACGUGAUCGAGAGUGUGGUUUCCAGAGAGAUGGACCAGCGGUAUCUGCAGUUUGACAUCAAGGCGUUUGUAGAGAACAAUCCCGCCAUCCGCUGGUGCCCUGCAGCGCGUUGUGAGCGAGCGGUGCGGCUUACCCGACCGGGCCCCGGGGACAGUGACCCUCAGAGUUUCCCAUUGCUGCCCUCCCCAGCUGUCGAUUGUGGCAAGGGUCACCUCUUCUGCUGGGAGUGCCUUGGCGAGGCCCAUGAGCCAUGUGACUGUCAGAUGUGGAGGAACUGGCUCCAGAAAGUGACAGAGAUGAAGCCUGAGGAGUUGGCAGGUGUGGGUGAAGCCUAUGAGGAUGCUGCUAACUGCCUGUGGCUGCUGACCAACUCCAAACCAUGUGCCAACUGCAAGUCGCCCAUUCAGAAGAAUGAGGGCUGCAACCAUAUGCAGUGUGCCAAGUGUAAGUAUGACUUCUGUUGGAUCUGUCUGGAGGAGUGGAAGAAGCACAGCUCGUCAACAGGAGGCUAUUACCGCUGCACUCGCUACGAGGUCAUCCAACAGCUCGAGGAGCAGUCCAAGGAGAUGACUGUAGAGGCAGAAAAGAAGCACAAAAGUUUUCAGGAGCUGGACCGUUUUAUGCACUAUUACACUCGCUUCAAGAACCAUGAACACAGUUAUAAGUUAGAGCAGAAGCUGCUGAAAACCGCUAAAGAAAAGAUGGAGCAGCUGAGCAGAGCCUUCAUUUGCCGUGAAGGUACUCCUCCAGACACGCGUUUCAUUGAGGACGGUGUGUGUGAGCUCCUGAAGACGCGUCGUGUGCUGAAGUGCUCUUACCCUUACGGCUUCUUCCUACAGCAGGGCAGCACCCAGAAAGAGAUAUUUGAGCUCAUGCAGACGGAUCUGGAGAUGGUUGUUGAGGAUCUGGCCCAGAAGGUUAACCGGCCGUACCUGAGGACACCCUGCCACAAGAUAAUCAGCGCCGCCCGUCUGGUGCAGCAGAAGAGGCAAGAAUUCCUGGCAUCGGUGGCCCGUGGCGUUGCUCCAAAUGAUUCCCCGGAGCCUCCACGCAGAAAUUACCCCGGAGGAUCGUGGGACUGGGAGUACCUUGGAUUUGCCUCACCUGAGAUGGGGAGUCGUCACUCUGUGCUGGGAGCAGGAGAUCAAAGAGACAGACAGUCACAGGAUUAUGCUGACAUUCAGUACCGCCGCAGACACAGGCCACGGCGCAGAGGAGAUAUGCUGAGUCUGCACAACCUCAGAAGCAGCAGCAAUACGCCAGAGACCAGCAGGAGGAGUGACAACACAGAAGGUCCAGAGAGAGGCGAAAGUCGCAGGAGAGCACUAGGCUCGCUGGAUGAAGACGACCCAAACAUCCUCCUCGCCAUCCAGCUGUCCCUGCAAGAGUCCCGCAGAGAGCUGAGCCUGGAGGGCGGCCUGGAGAGAGGGAUGGAAGGACGUGUGGAGCUCGUCUGUGGACUGGACAGAGGUCAGGAGAGGAGGGCGGGUGCUGUGGUAGACAUGGGAAGUGUCGCUUUGCACUCUCUCAACACGGACGGUCCUCCCGGGGCCAGAGGCCCCUCCUUCCCCACCUCUCUCCUGGAUCCUCCCCGACCCCCUAACAGGACAGACUCCACCUCCCAACCACCUGCGUCGAACUCCCUCCCCCUCCCUCCCCCACCUCCCUCUCUCAGUGCAGAGCUGCUGGAGCUGGGAGACAGCCUUAUGAAACUGGGGAACAUAACCACUCCUUACGACCUGGACACACACACACAGGAGCAGCUGUGCUCACACCACACAUACAACCACAGUACACUCACCGCCCCUUACAGCAUCGAACCGGCGUUUAGCGACUGCAGCCAUAGACCUGAUCAGACUGUACUGACCGCUCCAUAUGUGCUUGAACAUAUCACCAUCACAGACCCUCGCUACGACAGCAAAGAGCAGAGCUAUUGCCACUCCAGUGCUCAUUUAACUGAGGCUGAGCACACUGCCUCCUGUGCACUUGAACGCACCCAAAACCCCGCCCAUCAAAGUUCCUACAACCGGGAACACGCAGCCAUGUACGAAGGCCAGCCAAAACCAGAAAGCUCUCACAACCCCCGCCCAGAACACGGUAGCCCUUACACUCAGGAGCGUACUGUCGCCUGCGCUCUCGAACGCCCUACCAAACCAGACCCCCAACCCCCUGCCCAGUUGUGCCUCCCAUCUCCAGAGCUCGAGCCGGAGUUUCUGCUUUCCCCGGUGAUUCCACCUGGGGGCCCUUUCACCCCCAGUGAUCCUCAGAGCCUGGAAGCCCUGGACCCCACUGCCAGUGCCCAGCUGCUGGACAACAUCAUGGCCUGGUUCAACAACAACAUCAACCCCCAGAACAACCCGCAGAGCCUCGCCCUCAUCCCCUCCCCACCCACCACAGAAUCCGACUCUUCUCCAGACACACACACUGAGACUGAGACUGAGAGCCAGACUUCUAGAGACCCAACCCCUGCUCCUGUCUGGCAGCCCCUGGAGGGCGAGCCAGAGGCAGAAAGAGGGUCAGCGAGUCCCCAUCAAGGUGCAGCCGGCUUAGAGGGACUGAAAGCGCCAAGACCGAGCACCCUGGAGCUGGAAAACAGAGAGGUUGGUGAGGGGGGUGUGGACGCAGGGUGUGUGGCUGACCUGUCGCUGGACGAAGCACACACACACCCUUGCCCACACUCCCAUCACGGAAACAGUCCUGCACACACUGCCCCAGCCACAGAGAGAGACUUAGACCUCAUACUUCAGCUAGAGGGGGACCAAUCACCUGAGGAGUGGGAGGAGCAAGUGCACCUGGUGUGACAGCAGCAGAGCUACAUAGAAAAAAGGCUGAGCAAAGUACAAAAAAGAGAGAGAGAAGAAGGAGAGAGAGUAAAGAGAGAAAGAGAGAGAGAGAGAGAGAAGGUGAAGAUAGAAAUUGAGAUGAACGCAGAAGAUGGAAAAUGUAGUUGAAGCCUCAAUGAAAGAUGUGGGUCUUGAGGGGUCGGGUGUUUACUGUGUGUAUUAUACUGUAUGUAGAGAGGACAUUAAGACCUGCAGACUUUUUCCAGUAAAGAUGAUGUCAUACGCAGUUUUUUUAAGUGCUUUUGUCUGCUCUGAUAAAGGCAGACAAAUUAUUCUUUGAAACAAAUGAGUGUUUAAAACAGAGUACAUCAAUGGAAAGCUACUGAUAUCGUAACUCAUAAAAUGCUGCACGUUUUUGUUUCCUUUUUUUAUUUAUUCCCCAGCCGCCUCCUCCUCCUCCUCCUCUGUUUGUGCCCUCAGUUUGUCCAGGGUGAAGUUUUGGUGCUGAUCAUGCUGAAAGCCGAACUUGCCUCCUUUUAGCCACAACAAAGUGACCCAGCCGCGAGCCUGUUCACAGCUCCCAGAGCCAAAUACAAUGAUAACUGUAAUCUCGGAGCUGGUUUAGCGUACUGUACAAUCAGAGGGCCUGAUUCUGAUUUUUGGACCUUCAUGCACACUGUGCCUGCUUUGAUUGAGAGCUAACACACUACUGAAUUGUCCUAGGCUGAAAAAAACAACUGAACACCUGUAAACGUCAGAACAACAUGCCUAUAACAGCGAUUACUCUGUUACACCACAAAGAGGAAAAGUUGUCUUGCACAGAGAGGUCAGAGGUCAGCCUUGUUUACUGAGCAGCACCUGUUGAGUUAGUGAGAACUGGAAACUGGGUGUAUUGCUUGAAGAAGCUUCAUCAUCAUGGGUGCUUGUUUUACCACUCACCACACCAUCAUGCUACUCUGUCAAAAUAAUGUUCUACCUUCAUCAGAAACUCAUUUUCAUCCAAAUUCCUGUUUUAUAGUUGCUUUGGCUCAGUUUUCACAAACAUGCAAAACUCCUAAAAUAAUCUAAUAACUGCUUUAGCCUUAAAAAUGACUCAAAAUGCAACAUGGAAAUAUCUUUAUUCAUUUCAAUAGAGAAUCCCAAAGUUGAAGUGAUCACUGCAGUGUUGUAUUGUGUUCUCAAACUAUGCUGUCAAUCUGAAAGUAUUCAGCCAUCAUUCCCUCAAGAUCACUCUCGAAAGAUUGACUUUUGAAAAGCAUUUAUUGUGUUCAUUAAAUUAGAAGGAUUAAUCUAAUUUUAAAAAAUGAGUACAUGAUUCAGCUAGUAGGAAUCAACAAAUUAUGAAAUUAUCUUAAUUUCGUUAAACAAUAUUUUUGUCAGAUGGAAGAAAUAGAAAUUAAAUAUGCUGAUCCUGAUUAUACUUCAGGAAAUGCUCACAUUAAAACAAGUCAAAUAUAGAUUGUAAAUCUCCACUGCAUCCCCUUAAAACAGAUCCCCCGAGGGGACACAGGCAGAUGAAAAAUACAAUAGUUUCAGGUACGCAUGGAAACUAACUUCAAUAAUUCAGUCACCGGUAAAUUUAAUACAAAUUACACUACUAUAUUACUGUAAAACAUUUAACAUUACUCGAUAACAUGAAUUACUGUGAAAGACACUCAGAACAUGGAAUAGUUUUAAAUGCAACGUCCUUUUUACCCUCCUUUCCAAAUAUUUUUUUGGAGAGAGACGAGGGACGUUCUCAGCAGGUUAAUAUUAAAAUAAGGACAAUGUGCAGACACGUGUUGCAUUCAUUCACUGAUUUUACAACAGGUGUCUGUAUUCUAAGUGAUACUAUGUUGUGUCUCUUUGCACAUUCAAACUCAGCCAAAGCAAUCAGACAAUAUCCUAUAAAAAAAACACGUGAAGUUUAUUUAAAUCGUAGCUUUUAUCCACUACUGAUGGCUAGCACAGAGUGCUGGUGACAGGAGCUGGGAGGGUUUUUACUGUAAUUUUUCCUUUUUAUUCCUUCAUAAAAAGAUGAAAUAUCUUCAAGUUGAGACCAGAAUCAUUUGGUCUGUGUGCCUUUUUGUUUGUAUUUGUUUAUCUGUUCCUAUUUAUUAGUGUCAUGACUAUUGAAACUCAUGAAAGAAGAGUUGUUUAUGAAAGAUUAUAGAGGAGAACGCCACACGGAGAGAUUUUUGAUGCACAUUAGUUUUGUUUUCCCCUUACUGCCCCAUGAUUAUCUCACUCUGCCUGAAAUCCAGAGAUUCUUUUGGCCGUUUUACUGGAUUAAAAACAGCUUGAAGCCACAUGAAAAAUUGAUUUAUUAUUUUUAUCUUUUGAAUCCGCUUUUGAUUUUAAUUUUUUCUUGUAAUGUUGUUGAGCCAAACUUCUUUGCCCAGCUGUAAUGUUUACAAGAAAGUUAAACACUGCCUGCUGUGUUUGAAAUAUGAUUUGGUGCUUUGCGGACUGAAAUGAUAAUUAUUGGAGUGUUUUGAUAUUCUUUAAUGAUAGACCAAACAUAUGUAGAUUGAUCCUGUCUAAAAGAAACUGGAUUUGUUUAAAUGUUUCCCUCUGUUUCAUAAAAGCUUCCAGUUAUGCAGAAUUUGAUAUGCAAUCAAAAAUGCAUCUCUGAUAUUGAUAUAGUUUGAAGAUUGGUUAAAGUGCUCCAGUGAAGUGAUCUUGACUCUUAGUACACUGAAGAACCCCUCUUUUUCUGUGUAUUUAGCAUUCAUCUGUGAAGGUGCUGGACAGUCCGUAGGUGCUGAUGAAGACAUUUCAUAACCAUCGCCUUCUGAGAUGUGACGUCCCAGAUAUUUCAGACUUUGGUCCCUUAGAAGUGGUGUGUUAACAGGACUGAACACUUUAAGUUUUGGCGGCAUGGCUGAACCAGGAUACACACUGAAAGCACCAAGUCUUUGAGGUCUUUUAAUUUGCACACGCAUGCUUUUAUUGUGUUUAACUUAUCAAAUGGGGAGUCAGAUAGAGAGGACUGAUGAGUGAGGCUUAUUAUUAAUAUAUUUAUCUUAAUUUUGUUUUCCUGAUUUAGAUUUUAAUUUAUGGUGUGCCAUUUUGUACUCCAUAUUUAAUGUUUUUACUUUGAUGAUCCCUCAGCCAACCACUUCAGAAUUUAAAAGAAAUGAAAUUGCACUCUCAUAGAUUAUACUUGAUACAUUCCCGUGGGUCCAUAAAGGAGGUUUGAUGUGCAGCCAAAAUUGUAAAUGAAAGUCUCAGUGCAAAGUUUACUCUCAAUAAAAAGAGCUGAAAGUGUG